AUGGCAGACACCAUGUGUUGGAAAGUAUUCCGUGUCUUCUUCGGCAUCCUCGAAGCUGCUGUCUACUCUGCCACGAUAACCGGAUGGCCAGCCUUCAUGUACAUAUUCAUAGAGGAAGGGUUUUAUUAUUCCCGCUGUGACUUCGAUAUUGUAGCCAAUGCUAGUUAUAACAUGACGAGUUCUGGUUGUACUGGCCUUGGCAACUGCACGCAAGACACAACCGGAGAAGACCUUGUCCUUAAGUGCACCGAACAAGAAGAGAUGCUGAACUUAGUUUACACUGUCUCUCUAAUCGGUUUAGGGGCCCUUUUUAUACUUGGUUAUGUCUAUGAUCAUUGUGGUUCAGUCUGUUUGAGGAUCAUAUCUAUACACAGUGUGGAAUUAAUAAAUAGUCGCUUUACAGAAACAGAGUGGCUGUUAUUCCCCGGGGCCAUAUUUAACCUGAUGGGAGGGUUACAGUUGGCUUUAACUGACGUCCAGGUGGCAGUGCUAUUUCCUAAGUUAAAGGCGACACUCAUCUGUUUGGUUUCCGGUGCCACAGACGUUAGCGGUUUUGUCCCUAUACUCUUAAAGAUGGCGUACCAGGCUGGAGUGUCGUACAAGAUGUGCAUGUUCACCUUUGCCGGUAUCAUACUUCUAAUGUCUUCUGUCAACACAAUCACCCUUCCUCCUAGACAGGAUGAAGACGGGAACAACAUUGACAUAGCCUGUUGUUUUAAGAUACGCAAACGCAAUAGAUUUACUAAGGGAGUUUCUAAACAUGACAAGGAAGGUUGUUUCACUGUCAUUGACAAGGUUAAUAAAAAUGACGUGGACGAAUCUGCUGUUAAUGAACAACUCGUCAAAGCAAACGAGGAGGCAAGUGUGGAGCCUGAUGACAUAAAUUGCCACAAUGCGUUGAAUAUGAACACUACUUACCAACAUUAUAUUAAUGCCAAUCGCAAGGAAACGUGUUUUGACGGAAGUGCCCCGAUGAUCCACGGAGUGGGAAACCCUGACAGCAAAAAAGAUGACGAAAGCACUAACAUCGGUGUAUUACAUGGCACACUACUGAUUCUGAAAAGUACCACAUUUUGGGUGCUGAUGCUAUGGCUUAUAUGCCAGGACACCGUCAUUAUCACAUACGACGGUUGUUUUUAUGCGAUCAUCAGUUACUACGGAAACAAUGUCAAAAACACAGUAAGUACGUAUACGGACGUGUAUUCCUGGUUCCAAGUGAGUUCUCUGUUCUGGGCAUUGUUGACUGGUUUGAUGCUGGAUAAGCUUGUUGCCAAGACAACAAAAGACGACAAAACGCACUGCUUUGUGGUUCCAUUUUUCUUGACUGUGGCGGCAGGCAUCGUUGUAUCCAUAGCUUGUGUCAUCCCCAUUAUCGAAAUGCAGUUUGUGGCCAUUUUAUUUCAGUGCAUAUUCAAAUCCGGAACUUUCGCCGUGCAUUUAGCUUUUCUGGAGGCUGCGUUUCCAAAAGAACACUUUGGAAAGGCAUUGGGAAUACAAGUCACCGUCAGUAGUUUGCUGACCUUCAUAGAAUUACCAAUAUUUUCAUGGUACAAUUGGGAGUACUAUUUCUGGGAAUAUGCUGCACGGCCAGCUGUCUGCCAAUAUACCUACUUUGGCUUCGAUUUCGCUCCACGAGGUCUAACAGCUCUGCGAUUUAGAAUAUCGGCGUUGAAAAACAGCUGCCAAAAUGGCGGAGUAGAACAUGUGGUGGCACUGGGGUGGACGAAUGAUCCAGAGCCACAAUAG